AUGCAGUUCUCCCAGAUCGGGGAGGGAGCUUUCGAAAUCUCCAACACGCUCGUCUACUCCCCGAACACGAUCUACGAGAACGGCGACUUUGCCUCUCCGUGCACAUCCGGGGGUGACACUAUGCCCAUCCUGCAAAAGCUCAACGUGACCGACAAGGUGCUCGACCAGACGGACAAAUCCCUGAACAAGCGGCUGUGGGCGCUGUACCCCGUCGACAAGCCCCUGGCCGAGAUCAAGGCGGUCUUUCGCGAAGCCCACUUCAAACUGGCCGACUGGCCCCUCGCAACGCGCGACGACAUCAUCAAGGCGGUCCCCGUGCACGACCGGGACCAGAGGCACCAGCUGUACAUCCUCAUCCAUGCCGUAUGCCAGAUCAUCGAGGACGAGGCGCUGCGCCGCGUCCUUGCCCCGCUGCUGGACAGAUCAUCUGACCCCAAGUUCUACAACCACGUCGAGCCCGUGCGUGAGGCGGUACCCCGCCUGAAUGCACAGAAGGACCGCGCCAACGCUCUCCUACGCGCGGGACAGCGCGGAUCCCUCGACAAGCAGUUUGAAGCACUCGUGCUCUACCUCCAGACCGUCCUCGAGCUGGCGCCCUGGCAUCCCUCGCCCCUCCUGUUCACGGGGAAGCAGGCGCACGAGCUCGGCGUUGCGCAGCUGUAUGGCUCGCUGCUCAGCAAUAUCGCGCUCGCCUGUUGUCUGCUCGGCAAGGCUGACCCGCGCUUCUACCGCAAGUCGAUGCAGUUUGCGAGUCUCGUCAUUGAGAUGCGCUACGCAAGGCACAAGACGCUCAUGACUGCCAUCAAGACGCUGAACAAUGCGCGGACGGAGCUCUGCAGGGAGACCAUGUUCAUGGACCCUGGUGACACGCCGGGGCUUGUGCAGAAGGCACUCGAGAAGAUGUCGACGAAGGCGCACGACGGAUGGGCGCACGAGAAGUGUCUGACCGCUAAGCAUGAGGGAUGCAUGUGA